AUGGGGAGCAUCUUUGGUGCUCAGAUGACAAAAGCUGGGUUUCUUGUGCCACAAAUUGUUGUGCUCGUCUUUCAAGCUGGACUCUACAUUAUUGGAACGUUUGCUUUGAUAAUUAUCAGCGUUACCAGCGCUAAAAUUACAUGGAUAGCUUUGCUGAUAAUAUUCUUUUUCGCUUUGUUUACAACCACAAAUCUCAUCCUUCUGGUCAGAUAUCACCGAGUUCUGGAGGAGAAAAACAUAGCACUGAAAGCUCUUUUGGCAAACACCAAAAGUGUCCACUUCAAAGAAAGACGAGGCUCAUAA